AUGGGUCGGCGCCGGACGCCAGAGCUGUACCGGGCCCCGUUCCCGUUGUACGCGCUUCGGGUCGACCCCAGCGCGGGGCUGCUCAUCGCUGCGGGAGGAGGAGGUGCCGCCAAGACCGGCAUAAAGAAUGGGGUGCACUUUCUGCAACUGGAGCAGAUUAAUGGGCGCCUUAGUGCCUCUUUACUACACUCUCAUGACACAGAGACACGGGCCACCAUGAACCUGGCACUGGCUGGUAACAUCCUUGCUGCAGGGCAGGAUGCCCACUGUCAGCUCCUGCGCUUCCAGAUCCAUCAGCAGAAGGGCAAAAACAAGGCAGAGAAGGCAGGUUCCAAGGAGCAGGGGCCUCGACAAAGGAAAGGGGCAGCCCCAGCAGAGAAGAAGUCUGGCGCUGAAACCCACCAGGAGGGGGUGGAAUUCAGCGUAGAGAAUUUGCAGGAAGUGCAGACAGACUUCAGCCGUGAUCCACUGCAGAAAGUUGUGUGCUUCAACCAUGAUAAUACCUUGCUUGCCACCGGAGGGACAGAUGGCUGCAUUCGUGUCUGGAAGGUACCCACCUUAGAGAAGGUUCUGGAGUUCAAAGCCCACGAAGGGGAGAUUGAAGACCUAGCUCUGGGGCCUGAUGGCAAGUUGGUAACUGUGGGCUGGGACCUUAAGGCCUCCGUGUGGCAGAAGGAUCAGCUGGUGACACAGCUGCACUGGCAAGAGAACGGACCCACAUUUUCUAACACGCCUUAUCGCUACCAGGCCUGCAGGUUUGGGCAGGUUCCAGACCAGCCUGCCGGUCUGCGACUCUUCACGGUGCAGAUUCCCCACAAGCGUCUGCGCCAGCCCCCGCCCUGCUACCUCACAGCCUGGGAUGGCUCCACGUUCCUGCCCCUUCGGACCAGGCCCUGUGGCCAUGAAGUCAUCUCCUGCCUUAGUGUCAGUGAAUCGGGCACUUUUCUGGGCCUGGGCACGGUCACUGGCUCUGUUGCCAUCUACAUAGCUUUCUCGCUUCAGCGUCUAUACUAUGUGAAGGAGGCCCAUGGCAUUGUGGUGACAGAUGUGGCCUUUCUGCCUGAGAAAGGUCGUGGUCCAGAGCUCCUUGGGUCCCACGAAACUGCUCUGUUCUCUGUGGCUGUGGAUAGUCGUUGCCAGCUGCACCUACUGCCCUCACGACGAAGUGCUCCUGUGUGGCUGCUGCUGCUGCUGUGUGUUGGGCUUAUUGUUAUGACCAUCCUGCUGCUCCAGAGUGCCUUUCCAGGUUUUCUUUAG